UGGGACGCUAAAUAAACGCAUUCUCUUCGGGCUUAGUUAAACAAAUUUUGUCGACAAAGGCGGUUGACGAAGCUGUUUAUUUUGAUCAGACAUCUUUCGAACAACAAAAAAAGCAACAUGUGCAAGUGCCUGGCCGGAAACGUAGCCUGCUGCUGCUUCAACUGCGCGCUUAGUGUGCUCAUCUCAGUGAUCAGUACAUUUUUGGUGGUCAUCAUCGUGGUCGGAUUGGCCGUCUACUUUAUUUACUACUACGAGAAGGAGGACGAUGUCACCAAAUACACAAAUAAGGUGACCGACAACAUCCAGUCAGGAUUCGACAAAAUCAAGGACGCCCUAAGCAAAUAAAAUCAACUAAGAUAAGUUCGCAUUCGAAAAUGUUCCAAGCUUUGCAUAAUUCCAUUGAUCCAGAUUAAUUGCCACCAAUUUACACAAACAAACACCGCCGGAGCCUUUUAGAGGAGUAUAAUUGUUAAACGUUUUCAGUAACAGUACAAAUAAAUAUUAAACCACCCCCUAAAUAUUAUUGUGAAUCUCCAUCUAACAGAAUGUUUCAACACAAAACAAUUUUAUGAUUAAAUCUUUAUGAUGCUUAAACUAAAAAUAAAUACAAUAAAGAAUGAAUAAAUUUUAAAAUUGUUUUUAAAA